AUGGCUGCUUCUUCAAUAUUCAUGGUAGCCCCCAUCACAGUUUUCAAGAGAAAUCCCACAUUCUCCAUCAGGUGCAUGGCACAGACACCACAAAGUGGUGAAACCGAGAGUUCCAAACAAGCAACCACACAAAAUAUGACCACUCCUCCUCCUCCACCGCCUGCACCGAAGGUCAGCUCGAAGUUCUCUGACGUAUUGGCAUUCAGCGGACCUGCACCGGAGAGGAUCAACGGAAGGUUGGCGAUGAUCGGGUUUGUGUCGGCGAUGGCGAUGGAAGUGAGCAGCGGUCAAGACGUGUUUACCCAGAUCGGCAAUGGCGGAGUGGCGGUGUUUGUCGGCACUAGCGUGGUGUUGACGUUAGCGUCGUUGGUGCCGUUGUUUAAAGGAGUGAGUGUGCAGUCGAAGUCGAGUGGACUGAUGACGUCAGAUGCAGAGCUUUGGAAUGGGCGGUUUGCGAUGUUGGGUCUAGUGGCUUUGGCUUUCACUGAAUACGUUAAAGGCAGUGCCCUUGUCUAG